AUGAAACUUCUGGGCUUUCUUCUCUUUAUUACUAACUUUGGGAUCAUUUUCAGCCAGGGAGGUAAGGUCUGGUAUCUGACAUACCAGGGAGCUACCUGCCCACACCAGGACAGAGGUCACUUUUGGCACAUCACAGAUCUUCACUGGGAUCCUGAUUAUAAAAUCACAGAGAACCCAAACACUGUGUGUCCUUCAUCUUCGAAACCUGUACCAAACCCAGGGAAGUGGGGCAGCUACCUAUGUGAUUCCAAUUGGGACCUCAUCAAUCUGACCCUUUAUACCAUGAAAGCCCUUCACCCUGAGCCAGACUUCAUUCUUUGGACUGGUGAUGACACUCCUCACAUCGCUGAUGAGAAGCUUGGUGAGGAUGCAGUCCUGCAGAUAAUAAGAAAGUUAACCAAGUUGAUACAAGUGGUCUUUCCAGGCACUAAAGUCUACUCUGCAAUGGGAAAUCAUGACUUCCAUCCAAAAAGUCAGUUUCCUGGUAACUAUCACAAGAUUUACAACAGAACUGCUGAGCUAUGGGCACCGUGGAUGGACCAUCAAUCUAUCUCUAUCUUUAAUCAAGGUGCUUUCUACACUGAGAGGCUGCUGGGUCGGAAUGACCAGAGGAUCAUUGUUUUGAACACAAAUCUGUACUACAGAAGCAAUAAGCUUAAUGUUGAGACUAAGGACCCUGCUGGCCAGUUUCAAUGGCUUGAAGAGGUUCUUUCAAAUGCAAUCAUAGAAAAAGAAAAAGUUUACAUCAUUGGGCAUGUGCCACCUGGCUUUUUUGAAAAGAAGAGGUGGACAUCUUGGUUUCUAGAACAUUUCAAUAGCAGAUAUGUUGAAAUUAUCCAAAAGUAUCACAGCGUGAUAGCUGGUCAGUUCUUUGGACACCACCAUACAGAUAGCUUCAGGAUGUUCUACAAUCAAUCAGGUUCUCCCAUAGGAGUUAUGUUUGUUACACCUGGCAUUACUCCAUGGAAAACAACACUGCCUGGUGUGGAGAAUGGAGCUAACAACCCAGCAAUUCGGGUAUUUGAGUACAACACAAAUACACUGGAAGUCCAGGAUCAGGUGACAUACUUCUUCAAUUUAAGCUAUGCAAAUACAAUAGCUCCACUGUGGCAAUUGGAAUACCGUUUAACAGAGGCAUUUAAGGUUCCAGAUGGUACAUUUAAGUCAAUGCAAACAGUACUGGAUAAGUUAUACCAUGAAAACUACUAUCUACAGAAAUAUUAUAAACUUAAUUCCGUAAACUAUGAUUUAGCUGAAUGUGACAUGAACUGCAGAAUUGAUCAGGUUUGUGCAAUCAAAGAAGUUGAUUUUGCUAAAUAUGAAGAUUGUGUGAAAAGAGAGAGCUCCUGUUCUGCUGUUACUGCCCAAGUGCCUGUUAUUUCUUUUCUGUUGCUUUCCAAUGUGCUCCUCCAAUUCUAGCAUAUAACAGAUCAGUAGAAACAUGGCAAAGUAUGAAGAUCAUAGACAUUGUUUAACAGACAAUCCCUAACUGACGAUAAUUAUACUUAAAUCUGCAUGUAAUUUAUCCAGUAUGAUUAAUUUGGAUUGGGUCUUUGUUAAACUCAACCAACCCAUUUAUUCCUUUCACUUUAUGCACAGUUAUGCAGCUAAAGGUAAUUGAGAAGAAAAAAAUGCAACAAAACUGCAUUUACAGCAGCCAGUCCAUGCUGAAGAUAAUCUCCAUGGACACACUUAAAAACAACCAACUUCAUGACAUUAACUGUGACCCAGAGGGGGCCUUCUUGUGGUACAGUAGUAUUGCCCCUCCCCCUAGACCUGGUAGGUCUGGGUUCAAGUCCAAAUGAUCUACAAAUGUGUAAUAAUAUCUAAACAGGUUGGUUAGAAAAUAUAUAAAUGGAGUCAGAAUCAUUACAGCACUGACAAUGACAAAUCGUCACAUUAAGACCAUGCUGGCUAUCUACAGAAAGAUUCAGUCACUCAUUCCCCUGUUCUGUCCUUGUAGCCCCACAGGUCUAUUUCCCUCAUGUCUGCAAAUGUCUUUUCGAAAUUAAUUUGGUCCAUUCCUACUUCUCUCACAGUCAGUAAGUUCUUUACCAUUUGCUCUUGUCCUGGUUCAAUCAUGGGUUCGGUAGGAUAUAACAAAAUACUCUACGAGUUAUGUGAUACUAAUUAACAAGUUUAUUGGUGGUUUAAUAUGUAAUAUAUAUAUUAAGCAGAGAUAAAUAUAUUAGAAACACAAACAAACUAAUGAGUGCUGAAACUACUUUAGACAUGUUCAACAAUGAGUCUCACUGUCCCCUGCCCACUUUACAACGGCUGGCCUGGAGAACUCGACGUUCUUGGCACCAUUGGCAAUCUCAGUCCAAGGUGAAGUCCUUGAAUAGGAUAAAGCCUCCAAUAUAAACACUAUCCUGAAUCUAAGAUUACACAUUGUAUCAUCAUUCCGUAGUACUUUCAGGACUUUUCCAGAAUUCCAUUAUGCUGAAAUAACAUGUCCAGGUAGCCCUGUGUAACAGCUCUUCAAGACAGUUCCCACUGAUAAAUUCAUACCACAUGACUAUUUUUCAGUCAAAACAGGCUGUGAUCAGAUUAGGUCUGUUUUCCAGCAUUUUUCCACUUUAUUUCAGUUGUUCAUUUUCAUGCUCAUUAACCCUUAAUGGUCUGGUUUGAAGACAUCAUUUCUAAGCCUACCACUACAGCUCUCUAACAAAAAAAAUUAAAGUUAUUCCUCACAGACAACCGCAUCUCUCUAAAACUAAAAGCAGUGUCCUCUAAUGAUAUCAGCUACUGGCAACGGCUUUUCUUAGUCUACUUAUAAACUUGUCAUAAUCUGGACCAUUCCUAAUAGAUCACCUACAAUCUUCAUUGUCCCAAGGAGAGAAUCUGAGCUUUUCCAACUAAUCUUGGAGCUAAAAUCUCUCAUUCAUGGAACCAUUGUGGUAAAUCUCCUAUGCAAUCUCCCACAGUUACUUCACAAGUUGCCUAAAAAUCUCCAAACAUCUGUAAUGAUUUAAGGUUCAGAAUAGAUUUUGCUGGGGUAAAUGUAAAGAACUUGAUUGUUAAUCAAUGCUUUGAAAGUUCUGUUGACUCAUACAUUGCUGCUAUACAUAGCCAAUUUAUGUCAGUAAUGUUACCGAUGCUAGUGGUUAAACUCAUCAUGUGGAUGCUGAGUCAUACUAUUCAACACAACAUAGAACCUACUUUGUGGUAAAGUAAGGGUAUGGUGAGUGAGGCAAGGAAGUACAAAAUAGGAACAAAAACAGAAAUUUCUAGAAAACUCAGCAGGUCUGGCAACAUCCGUUGAGAGAAAGCAGAGUCAACAUUUUG